AUGUUUGAAUUGCCUGUCGUACAGUUUCGAGUUAGUAAUGAAAAGGAAUGGUCUGGAUUUGAUGUUAGAUAUGGAUUUGAAGGUGAUUGUGGGGCAGGAGAUAGAAGUCAUCACAGUCACAGUAACACACCAACAACCGCACCACCAAAUCCUCGUUAUGCCUGCUACUGGCUUGACUCCUGUCGAGGUGAUCAUGAGCUCAAUCAAUGUACUCACUGGCGUAAUGAGCUUCGUGGUAAACUCGGUAUUUACUAUUCACCAUCUGGAAUAUAUAAACGUUUUUCAGAGGAUCGAAUUAGUGGUGUUAAACUACAAUUUAAUCCAACUGGUUGUACAACAGUUCAUCUUCUGGUGUUCAAUGACAACAGAGAUAUUCUAUUUGGAAUGAAAUGGUGUCAUGAAAAACAUGAUGAUGACGAUGAUCGACGUCUACUCCUCACAUUUCCCUCAGCUAAGCCACGUAAACAAGGUGAAUAUGGUCUACCAAUUGCUCAACGUGCAUUUCAAUGGUUAAGUGAAGAUAACAAACUCUCAGAAGGACUGAAAAAACGCUUUCUCUAUCAACAUGCAAAUGUAAUCUAUCCCUGUCAUCUAACGAAUGAUCAAGCAACGUCUCUAACAAAGACUUUUACGACAAAUGAAGAACUUCUGUCAUUACAUUGGUUUCCAUUGACAAAAGUACUGGAAAACCUACCAGUUUGGAACAACUAUCUCUUAAGUAAAGAAAAACCGAAUGAAUUGGCACAAAUCGAUGGUAUACAACCGAUGGAAGUUAAAUUAGGAGAAGAGUGUAGGCUGUGGUCGGUUAUAACGAGAAGUCUAAUGUGUAUUAGAGAACAUGUACCGGGAGGAUUUGAAGAGUUUUUGAAAGUUUAG